AAUUAACAAAAAUGAUGAUUCAAAUUGAUUUUUGAACCAAUUAUAAUUAAUGAAUCUUAUGUUAAAAUUUUUUUUGGUUAGGUUGUAAUUUUAUGUUCAGAAACAUAAUGUUUUGAUUUUCCAAAGCUCGAAUUUCUAUGAACGAGUCAGCUGAAACAUUAUUAUCAUUUAAAAAUGGAGGAUAUCCCAGUACAACCGAAAUUAAACAAGAAUUAGCUGAUGAUGAUGAAAUGGAUAUAGAAGAACAUCAAAUUCUUUCAAGUAUGGAAAUGGAUGAAGAAGAUUCUGAAUCUAUGACUGAGUUAGGGCCUGCUGCUUUAGGUUUACAAAGAGUUGGUACUAAACCACCACCAAAACCUAAUCAGACAUCUCAACAACUUCCAACUUUAAAUCGUCGCGGAAUGCCUGCAAGAAUAAGAAAGAAAAAUAAAUUAUUCUAUGAUGAUAUUCUUGUUAAUCAUCCACAUCAUCGGAUUAAAAAGGAGCCAGGGACCGUAGAGUUGAAACCAUCUCCAAAGAAAAUUCCUAAACCAUCUCCAGCUAAAAAAAUAUUAAGAAGUGCAGAGAAAGAAGAUAAAAAAAAAUCUCCUGUUACACCACCUCCACCGCCACCACCAAUAACACCCGCCAAAAAAGAAAAAUUACCUGAAAAACCUCAAGCUCCAAGUUCACCAGAUCGAAAAAUUGGUCAGAAGAUUGGUAUGAGGUUGAGAAACUUAUUAAAAUUGCCUAAAGCUCAUAAAUGGGUUUGCUAUGAGUGGUUUUAUAGCAACAUUGAUAAAACUCUUUUUGAUGGUGACAACGAUUUUAUGAUUUGUUUAAAAGAAUCAUUUCCUCAAUUAAAAACACGAAAAUUAACCAGAGUUGAAUGGUGUAAAAUAAGAAGAAUGAUGGGUAAACCACGUCGUUGUUCGCAAUCAUUUUUUGAAGAAGAACGACGAGAAUUGGAAAGAAAAAGACAAAAAAUCCGUAUGCUCCAACAACGAAAAACUGCUGAUGUAAAUAGUUUUAAAGAUUUACCUCCAGAAAUUCCACUCCAAUUAGUAAUUGGGCAAAAAGUUACAGCUAGAUUGAGGAAACCUCAGGAUGGAUUAUUUACUGGUAGCAUUGAUGCCGUUGACACAAGUAAUAACACUUAUCGAAUUACAUUUGAAAGAGCUGGUUUAGGCACUCAUAGUGUUCCAGAUUAUGAAGUUCUAUCGAAUGAACCACCAGAGACUAUUAGUGUAGCUUCAUUUGCCCAAAAAUUCCGACCUCGUCAUAUUCAAUAUGUUCCAUCACCGCCUUAUGCUUUGAAGUUAAGAUCGCCACGACUCAACAAUGAUCCUUUAAUAUCAAAUGCUUCUAUUCAAAAGAAGACUUACAGUGGAGGAACAAUGAAUGGCUUUCCAAUGAGAUUACUUGAAUUCAUGGUCAAAAUUAAUAAAAUAUUAGUGAUGAAAAAAACUAAAAUCCAAAAAUUGAAAAGUAUGAAUACAGAAGCAGAAAAAUGUAGAUCAUUUGGUGCAGAUCUAUCUUCAGAUUUUGAAAGAAAAUAUGCAGCUACUGUAGUUGAAUUGGAAAAAAUGAAUGCAGCGCUUCAAGAUUUUUUGAAUGAAGUUCAAGAAUUAUGUCAAGAAAUUGCACCCGAACCUAGUGUUGCAGCAAUGCUUGCACCAUCUCAUCUUAGAGAAAAAUGUAGACAAGAAGCUGCUGAUAUGGUUGCUAGAAAUCAUAUAAUUACCGAAAAAGCUCCCACGAAAAUGAAUCAAUUGGUUACCGAUUUAACAGCUCUUAUGCUUCAAGUUAAAUGCCUUUCAGAUUCAGAUCGUAAUGCAUAUGAACUAAAAGUUCUUCAAGGUACAAUGGAACAGAUUAGAUCACGACUAAGUCCUCAAAAUAAGCUAACGUUCCAAAAUUGUGUCGAAAUUCAUAUGCAACAUAUUCAACUUGGUCUUGGGCAAGUAGGUGUUUCAGCCCCAUUUAUGGCUCCAAAAGCUUAAGAAUAAAAAAUCUAUUACUGCCGGAUAAAAAUUUUUAUUCGAUUGAAUUUAUACAUAUUUACAUAAUAUUUAACAAAUUACGUGAAAAAGAAUUGUUCUAAUUUAAUUGAUUACAUU